GAGAGAGAGAGAGAGAGAGAAUCUGAGAGGAAACUGCUUUUGUAGAUACCAUUUUUUCCCCCACGGCGCAGGAUUUAGUAAAGGAUGGAGCCGCUGCAAGCUAGCAAGCGUGAUGCAACUGCGGAAACCCGACUUUUCCAAGGACGCGCAAGCCACCAUCUUGACAAUCUGCCGGAGCCGGUCCCUCCUUCCGAUGAGCGGUUUGAUGCAUCUCAAUAUGCUUUCUUUGGGAGGGAUGUAACGCAAGAGGUCGAGAUAGGUGGCUUGGAUGAGGAGGACGAUUCUGAACAGGCAGAAGUGCCAGAGGAUGACAUUGUGGAGGAGACUUUUUCUUUGGUUGAUGGAAGGGAGGAAAUUGAGACUUUCGGAUCUACUUCAGACGUGGACGAUGUGUCUGAGCUUGCAACUUCAUUUCUGAAGCAAAAUAGGAUUGCACCACGGUCAGAUGGCGAAGCUGGAUCUUUAGGUAGUUUGGAGGCCGGAUCCAAUGCCAAUGGCGGGGAAGCUGCAGCAGCCCCUACCCAGCCGUUUGAGAUUAGUCCUCCCUCCAAUUGGUUGGAUCAUACAAAUCAAGAUACUGAAGCAGAGCGAGGAGCAAGAAAAUGGUGGCCAAACAAUCAACAACAACCAACAGGAUCAGAAGUUGACGGUGCGUCGGGCUCUUCAACACAUCAAGCACAACCUCAGGCGCAACAGCAGCAGGAACCACAACAUCCACCACAGCAGCAGCAGACGCAGACACAGCAGCCACAGCAGCAACAGCAAUGGUGGGGAAUGGAUCCCAGUUCACAAGCCUCACCGCCCGCUGGGGCUAUGUACUCACCUCAACGACCGCAGCAGGCUUUGCAAGGGGCUUCCUCGGGUCAGGGACAGAUGAUGCGAUCACCGACGCAGGCACAAGCUCCGGCUGGACCGCUACCCGGUCAAUACAGACAGCAAUAUUCAGGAAUUCAACCUCCCAUGGGAGUCAUGCCGUCCAUGACUCCUUACGGUGCAGGUAUCCCACCUCAAUUCAGCUCGUCCAUGACCCCGUUAGCACCUCCUGCCCAGUGGUUAGCUCAAGCGAAUGUCCAAAUGGGAUCUGGCCCUGGUUCUGGUCCUCAGCAAAUACCCCAGCACUCCACUCUAAUGCCUCCUCAGGUCGUGCUUCAGUAUCAGCGUCCGCACGUACCCCAACUGCACGCUGUACCACCUCCCCCAUAUCCUCCCCAUCUGAAGCCCCAACACAUGUACAAUGUCACACCCCCAGCUCCACAAAUGUUACCAAAAAUGGGAGAGAGUUUAAUUACUGGGGAUUUUAGGGACCAUGCCCAGUUUAGAGGUAGACAGUCUCAACAGCGGCAUCAUCAGCAUGGUCUGCAAGAUGGAAAUUUUCCAGGUAGAAACACACAGAGUAAUGGAUGGCAGCCGCUACGAUCCAAAUACAUGACUGUGGAGGAAAUCGAAAAUAUUGUAAGGAUCCAGUGGGCGGCCACCCACAGCAGUGAUCCUUACGUGGAUGACUACUAUCACCAGGCGGUGCAAGCGAAAAUGUCGUCGAACUCUCCCCAUGGAAGGCGUCACUUUGCUCCAUCUCAUCUACGAGAUCUGCCCUCGCACACUCGAGCAGCAGUAGAACCGCACGCGUACCUCCAAGUCGACGCUCUCGGCAGAGUUCCAUUCUCAUCCAUUCGUAGGCCCCGUCCCUUGUUAGAAAUGGAUUCUGCGGCAGGAAUUGGAGGCCUCUCAGGUAUGGGACAAGGUGAUGGUUUGGUAGAGGGAGUCCCACAGCACAGGCCUCUGGAGCAAGAACCGAUGUUGGCGGCUAGGAUAGCCAUCGAGGACGGUUUGUGUCUGUUGCUGGACGUAGAUGAUAUUGAUAGACUGCUGACCAUAUCCCAACCCCUUGACGGUGGAGCCCAACUGAGACGACGUCGACAACUGCUGUUGGAAGGAUUGGCAGCCUCCUUGCAGCUGGCCGAUGUCAAUGGCAUGGACGCAGGUGGCCGGAAUGGAAAUGGGCGAUUCGUGGGCCUGAGUGCCAAAGACGAUCUGGUGUUCCUCCGCCUGGUGUCCCUGCCCAAGGGGCGCAAGCUGCUCACGCGGUACCUGCAACUUCUGUGUCCAGGGAGCGAGCUGGUGCGCGUCGUGGCCAUGGCCCUCUUCCGACACCUGCGGUUCCUGUUCGGAGGAGUGCAGUCGGAUCCGAGCACUUCGGCAACCAGUGUGGGCCUGGCGAACGCAGCUGCGAUGUCGGUGUUGAACAUGGACUUGCCAUCGCUGAGCGCUUGCUUGGCGGCCGUGGUGCUAGCGCCCGAGCAGCCUCCGCUGAGACCCAUGGGCAGCCCUGCGGGAGACGGGGCCACCGUGGUGCUGAGGGCGGUGCUGGAGCGAGCGACGAGCCUGCUGACGGAUCGCACUGCGGCGUACCCGAUGCAGAAUCGAGCUGUGUGGCAAGCGUCGUUCGAUGCAUUUUUCGCGCUGCUUGCCAAGUACUGUACAAAUAAGUAUGAUAGUAUCUUCCAUUCAUUGAUGAUGGCGUCGCCAGGGAACUCGGCAGCCAUCAACCAAGCCGCGGCCGUGGCAAUGAGUAAGGAGAUGCCGGUCGAGCUGCUGAGGGCGAGCCUGCCUCACACGAACGACCACCAGCGCAAACUGCUGCUGGAAUUCACCCAACGAUCCAUGGCCAUGGGCGCCUUCCCCAGUCCUGGCAGUGACGGGCAUGCGAACACCGCUGCUGUCCGAGGGUGAUAGUAGAUUUAACUUUACGUAGGACCGUACUCUGGCCUGUUAGUCUCUUUGUAUUUCAUUCACAGUCCCAUUCCUCAAUGGUGUACAUGUUGCCCUCGCGAAACGAAGUUUCAGCUUGUCUUAGAUUGCUCGAGAACCGGUUUUGAACUUAGAAAUCACCCUUUACACUUGGCCCCAUUUGAUCACUAGGCAUCUACUUAACUGUGGCUGCCUCUGAAGUUGGGCUUUCUUGGAGGGUCCAAAUCUGUACAGCAAUCUUAGAGGAUAUUGGCCGCAGUUGCAGAUGAGUAACCAAACUCUACCGAGCUCUUUUGAGUCCAUGUUUGCGCUUUCCUGUCUUUUCUUGCAAACCUAUAGAUUACAUAAUUGCAGUGAACGAUGUCUACUUAGAUAUGAUUACUUGCCCUUUUGGUUUUGAAACUUUUGAGCCACAGAUGGUCUCCAUCGACCUCUGGCUUUGUACCAUGUGAAGCCAUUACUUCUUGUAUGAAAGUAGCACCUGUGCUUUUGUCAGGCACUCUGAUAUUAGGGACGUAACCAUUCUGCUACCCUACCUUAAUCGAACCAUGUUAGAGGGUUUCUUGACCAGGUGUGUAGUGUUCUAAGUGUUCUUAAGAGUAGAGACGAGACAGUCAGUAUCCUGUAGUCAUUUAAAGAGGAGAGGUAGAUGUAUGAUAUAUGACUGUCACAGUGCUAGCCUGUUGGCAAACCAAGGUGUUCUUGGAUUUGACAAUUUUGAGCAUUGCAAGUAUACACCUGUACCCUGGUGUUUUAAUAACUGCGCUUUGCAAGGUACGAGAGGUUGGUUAUACCAGCAAUCUAUUUUUUGGGGAGAUGAAAGGGCUAGAGCCUACUCCUCUCCCGAGUCUGUAGGGUAAUAAAACAUUGUCUUGGUUUUUAGAGAGAUGUUGCCUCCCGGUGAUGACAGCAUCCGAGGCACGUUCCACAGAAAUGAUUGACUAUGCUUCUGAUUGUCAGCUAGCUUGCAAAUAUACCACAUUGUACCCAUCAG